AUGGGGUGCAUUAGUGCCAAAGAUGUACAAUAAUCUAUCAAUAAAAACAUCUACAAUAAUAUGAGGUAAAUUAACAUCAUUGCAUUUGACUAAGUAAUUUUAAAAUAUUCAUUCUUUAUUAGCUUUUUUUAUUACAAUCCCAAUGUCUAAGAGAUCUUGACCAAUUACAAAAUAAAGUGAUUUCAAGAAGAAUCAACCUAAUUAAUAUUACUAAAGCACAUCUACUAAACAAUCCAAAACUUACUGAAGCUUAUAAAUUAUGGACUUGGGGAGUUUCACUUUGUAAUAAAGGAAAUUCAAAAGGUAUGAAUGUACAUUUCAGUUUCAACAAUCCACAAGAAUCAAUUGACAAAACUCCCACUUUUAUUUACAAUCUAGGAUCUUGUAAAGAACUUAGAUUCCAUUGGUUUGCUAUCAUUCUUAAAGAAUACAUCGAAUAUAUAUACAAUGCAAAAAUAUAAUUCCCAUAAGAUCGUCUCAAAGCAAAAGAUAUUUAUGAUAAAUUAAAGACAAUGAAAGAACAAACUUCAAUUUAUUUAAACAAUCUUUCUCCAAAUGAAAAAAUUGAAGCUUUUGCAAAUAUUGAAUACAAUAUGAACAAAAUAUAAAAAGGACUGUUUAAUGCUGAUCAGUUUUAUGAGAACUUAAAAGAAUUAGAGUAAGAAUUGGAAACUGUUAUAGAAAAGAGUUUUUAAUAUGAAAAUGAAGCAGAUUAAUGGGGUAAAAAGUUAUAUAGAGAUCUUGAUGUUAUUCCUGUUGGUGAGGAUUCUUUUAGAAUGAGAGCCAAAAUGAAUAGUUUAGUUUUAUUGUAUCAUCCAGGAAAAAAGAGAACUUAAGAAGAAGAAGAUUAUUAUUAUAAUAUUAAAUUGGAACGAUCUAAAAUUAAACCUAAAAUAUUAAAUAAUGAUGAAGAUGAUUAAGUUAAGAAAUUUAAUUUUAAAAUAAAGUGGACAGGAUGUUCUUCAGUUGAUAGAAAAUGGAGUGAAAUCUCAUUUAUUUUAGAAGAACAUAACGAAUAAAUAAAAUAGAUUAAAUAAAUAAGGAAUAAAAUACGUUUUGAAUUAUAAACUUAUAAGUAUGAAGAUGACAAUUUAAUUGUGGCCUGGAAAAUUUAUUGCCUGUCAUUAUUGACUGAAUUAAAGGAUGUAAAGAUUACAUUAAACAUAAGUGAUUAGGAAUCACCUUAGAAAAUUGUAAAAAAUUAGAUAGUUCUAAAUCAGAAUUUAGAACUUCAAUCUAAACUAUUCAGUGAAUAUUUCUUUAUAAUAAGACCUUCAAAGUAGAAAUAAUUAUAGGAAUACUGGAAAAAAUUAGAUUUUGAUAAAUAAUGGAUUUAAGGAUCAUUUAUGAAUGAUGAUCAAUUCAAAAUGAUGCAUCACUAAAAUUAAUAUAACAUGAUGACAAAUCAAGCUAAAAAUAUUUAUGAGUUCACUUCUUAAAAUUAAGUUAAUUAAGCCAUCUAUAUGAAAAGUGAUUUUAUUUAUUAAAUAAUAUAGAAUACAUGAAAUUAGAAGAAGAAGCAAAAGAAUUGUUUAGAAAUGGAAAAGUUAUAUUUGAAGAAAUGGAAAAACUCUAUGAAUAGUAUAAAAUAGAUAAAGAUGUUGAUAAAUUAAUGAAAUAGUAAUUAAGAAGUGAUGAUAUUAUUUUAAAGAAAAAAUCUAAACUUUCCAAAUAUAAUUGA